AUGCCGUACGAUCUCAAAGGCAGGAAUGUACUUAUUACCGGUGGAUCAGCCGGUCUCGGCGAACUCCUCAGCACGACCUUUGCGAGUGAAGGCGCCAAUGUGGCGAUUAACUACUUCAACCGUAUCGAGCCCGCGCAGAAGGUGCAAAAAGCAUGUCAAGAGCAUGGGGUCAAGGCCGUUGUUAUCAAAGCGGAUAUGACGUCGACGGAUGAGGCGAGGAGAGCUGUCAAGGAGACGAUUGAACAGCUGGGAGGGCUGGAUAUUAUCAUCGCAAACGCUGGCUGGACACGCUUCUCCGAGUGGAAAGAUCUCGACUCCAUGAGCGAAGAAGAGUGGGAUAAGUGUUGGAAUGCAAACGUCAAGGUCCCCAAGGCACUGCUGUCUGAGGCGAGGAGUACGUUCGAUGCGAAUCCAGAUGGUGGACUGAUGAUCACUACGGGCAGUAUUGCGGGUGUCAGCCAAGGCGGCUCCAGCAUGCCCUACGCCGUCACCAAAGCAGCCCAAUUUCAACUCGUCAAAUGCCUUGCCGCCACCGUCGGGCCCAAGAUCCGCGUCAACACCGUUCUCCCGGGCUUACUGUUGACCGAAUGGGUAAGGAUGCAGAAGCUAUCCAGACGUGCCAUGCUGACAGUUACGCAGGGCCUCAAGUAUAGCAAAGAGAAGAUCGAGCAGCUCAAGAAUGCUGCAGCGCUGAAGGAUGUAACUCACAUGGAAGACUGUGCUUCGGCGUAUGUCAUGUUGGCGAAGAAUACUAGCAUGACUGGUAUGCGCAUUCAGGUUGACGCUGGACUCAACAUCCAGGGCGCGUAA